GUCCCUGCAAGUAUUUUGAACAUGUCCACACUGCUGAUCCUAGCACUUGGCAGUAACAGGUUUUCAGGUACUUUACCUUCAGAUUUAGGCCGUGGCAUGCAAAACCUAGAAGAAUUUUAUAUUGGAGGGAAUAAUCUGAGUGGUUUUAUCUCUCCUUCUAUCUCAAAUUCUUCAAGACUCAGAAUACUUGACAUCGCUUACAACAGUUUCACAGGUCCAAUUCCUCAAUCACUUGGUAACUUAGAACAGCUUGAGCUUUUGAACUUGCAGAUGAACAAUUUUUUUAGCGAUUCCUCAUUGAGCUUUCUGACAUAUUUGACAAGCUGUAGGAAUCUAAGAGAAGUCGGUUUUGCUGAAAAUCCGUUGGAUGGUGUUCUUCCGGCAUCUAUUGGAAAUUUCUCUGACACUCUGCAAAUUUUUUAUGGAGAAAAUUGUAAACUGAAGGGCAUCAUUCCUGAAGAAAUUGGUAAUCUUACUGGAGUGGCGAAGAUGACUCUGUCUAACAAUGAGUUGAUUGGACAUAUUCCAAAAACUGUCCUAGGCAUGCUGAACCUUCAAGAACUUUACCUAGAUAGCAACAAGAUAGAAGGAACCAUACCAGAUGCUAUCUGCAAUUUAAAGAAUCUUGGAGCACUAGACUUGUCAGGAAAUCAGUUUUCUGGUUCAGUGCCACCAUGCUUAGGAAACGUUACCAGUUUGAGGAAACUUUAUCUAGCCUACAACAGCCUGAAUUGGAGUUUACCUUCAAGCUUGGGAAGCCUUGAAGAUCUCAUAGAGUUAGAUGCUUCAUCCAAUUUAUUAAGUAGGCAAAUUCCUCAAGAGAUUGGAAAUUUAAGGGCUGCUGCACUCAUUGAUCUGUCGAAAAAUGAUUUUUCUGGUGAGAUGCCUAGCACUAUAGGGGGCUUAGAUAAAUUGACUAAACUUUCUCUGGCACAUAAUAGAUUAGAGGGGCCAAUUCCAGAUUCAUUUGGCAAAAUGUUGGCCUUGGAAGUCUUGGAGUUGUCUUUUAACAAUCUUAGUGGUGAAAUUCCAAAGCCAUUAGAAGCUCUUAAGAAUCUCAAAUAUCUGAACAUCUCAUUAAAUAAACUCAGUGGAGAGAUUCCCACCGGAGGUCCUUUUGCAAAUGCCACGGGUCAAUCUUUCUUGUCCAAUGAUGCUCUUUGUGGCGAUUCUAAGUUUCAUGUGCCACCAUGUGUCGUCAAAUCUACUAAGAGGUCAAAGAGGAAAAAGGCAAUCUUGGCUUUGUACGUCCUUUUGGGAGUGGGGCUGCUAUUUCUUGCAUUAGCCCUUGCAUAUGUAUUUUUAAGAUUGCGAAAGAAAAAGAAGAAUGCAGGUCAAGCAGAUGUGACUCUGGUCAAAGGGCAUGAAAGAAUUUCCUAUUAUGAACUUGAACAAGCAACAGAAGGAUUUAGUGAAAGCAACUUGCUUGGUAGUGGGAGUUUCAGCAUGGUCUAUAAAGGGAUGCUUAGGGAUGGUACUCUUUUGGCAGCAAAGGUAUUCAAUGUGCAAUUAGAGGGUGCAUUCAAAAGUUUUGACACAGAAUGUGAGAUGCUAAGAAACCUCCGCCAUCGAAAUCUUACUAAAGUCAUCACUAGUUGCUCUAACCUUGAUUUCAGAGCAUUAGUAUUAGAAUACAUGCCGAAUGGUACACUUGAAAAAUGGCUAUACUCUCAUAACUUUUUCUUAGACAUGUUGCAGAGAUUGAAUAUAAUGAUAGAUGUUGCAUCUGCAAUGGACUAUCUUCACAAUGGCUAUUCAACACAUGUGGUGCAUUGUGACUUGAAGCCAAGCAAUGUCUUGCUAGAUCAAGAUAUGGUCGGCCAUGUCAGUGAUUUUGGCAUUGCAAAAUUGUUAGGUGCAGGGGAGGCUUUUGUACAAACUAGGACAAUUGCAACCAUUGGAUACAUUGCUCCAGAGUAUGGACAAGAUGGAAUAGUAUCUACAAGUUGUGAUGUUUAUAGUUUUGGCAUCUUGAUGAUGGAGACGUUUACACGAAUGAGACCAAGUGAUGAAAUAUUUACUGGAGACUUGAGCAUACGACGUUGGGUUAGUGAUUCUUUUCCAAGUGAGAUUCAUAAGGUGGUGGAUGCUAAUUUGGUACAGCCAGUGGAUGAACAAACCGACGCAAAGAUGCAGUAUAUGCUAUCUAUCAUGGAAUUAGCUUUGAGCUGCACUGUAGUGAUACCUGAUGCAAGAAUUAACAUGGAAGAUGCUCUUUCAACCCUCAAAAAGAUCAAGCUCCAGUUUGUCAAUAGUCGCCACUAGGUGGAAUUAGACCAUUGGCUC